UAACCGGAAGCACAAAUAGAGCAUUUGUGGGAUGCGCGUCGCUUCGAGUUCUUCCUGGCGUAGUUAACUGGAAAAAAAUCGUCUGCCGGCAGUCCAGUGAUACAAGUUCGUGAUGACAGCUACACUUGGUCCAUCCGUCGUGUGUCGUGCAUGUGCUCACCCCUUGCGGCCAGGGAACUACUGUGAUUCGUGUUCGUGUGAGUGCACGCGAAAUGUUUGGUUGACCACACUGCUCUUCAUAAAAGCGAUUCUUGUCUUCAGUAAAACAUGGUAGAGGUGGGGAUCACUGUGGUGUACCUGCUGACCAUCAUGCCACUCGUCACCUGUGAACUCAUCGUCUAUCCCGUUGCUGACGAAGCGCCUACUUCUGACAAAUUUCAGGUCUACUUGACACAAGGUGGCCAACAGAAGCAGUCUCAUGUCUACAUCACCACAUCGGACCACAGGACCACUGAAGCUUCUCAUGUUAAAGGAGGUCGGUCCAUGUCCUGGACGUCCUUCGCCUUCACAGGGGGCAAGGUCACGGUGGAGGUUCACACGUCACGUGACUUCCAGAACUGCCUCGUGAGACCAAAGAGCUAUAGCUACAGCUGUCGCCGCACUGACAACAAGGUCGCCGUGUUUGAUGUCACUGAAAACACAAAAAUGAUGUCUGUGGAGUUUGACUACGACUACGGGUCCAGCACCGGCGGUCCCGAUAUCACAGACAAGCUGAUGGUCUUCGCGGAUCCUCCGGAAACCAAUCAACCCUCCAAGGCCAACACCUCAGUCUUGUACUACGAUGUCAAAGUUCAUGACCUUAACGGCCAGGUGGAACUUAACAGCAGCAUCAAGGAGGUGUACCUGGCCCCCGGGGCCUUCGUGAAGGGAGGAUUCACGAGCACGACCGAAAACCCUGUGAAGAUCCAUGGCAGGGGGGUGCUGGAUAACCGAGACUAUCAGUGGAGGGAUCCAAGGUUUUCAUACGCGGCAAUCAGCUUUAAGAAAGACAAAGCUCACAUCAUUGUAGAAGGCAUCACCAUCUCCGACCCAUGCCGCUUCUAUGUGAGGGCGCUGGGUACAAACAACAUCAUCAACAACGUCAAGAUGGUGGGUGCAUGGAUGUACAACAACGACGGCGUUGUGGUCGGCAGCAACGGCACAGUGGCGGACUGCUUCAUCCACGCCAACGACGACGCCAUCAAGCUGCACGGCUACAACAUCACAGUUACUCGCUGUGUCGUGUGGCAAGCCCAGAAUGGCGCCGUGUUUCAGACAGGAUGGUGGGACAGGACGGAGUUGCACAGCAUCAGGGUAUCGAACAUUGACAUCAUCCAUGUAGACUGGUGCACUUUCAAAAACUCUUCUUGCAACCUGUCCGUUAACAAAGCCGUCUUCAACCAUCCCGGAAACAUAACCAAGUCGAUGGACAUCUCCGAUGUGGUGAUGGAGGACAUCCGGGUGGAGGGCACCUGUCCUCGUGUAGUUUACUUGAGGAUGGAGCGAGGAACACGUGGAGUGAUAAAAAACAUUCGCUUUGUCAACUGGAAUAUCGAACGGCAGCUUGCCACCGACAAAUUCCAGAAUGAGAUUGAAGGAACUGAACCAGGCUCCGUUGAAGUGACAGACUUGCAGUUCAUCAACUUUCACAUCGGCGGCCGUUGUGCCUCCAGUGCUGCUGAGGCAGGCUUCCGUGUGGGCAAUAGCGAGGUCAACAACUUGACCUUUUGGUGUAUCGGCAACUCCGCUGUCCGCAACAAGAUGACGAUGGUCUGGACCACUGCAAUGGUGCAUUAUUUUAAACUUUACAAAUUUUUUUUGGCUGCAGUAUGUUAAACUUUGACUGGAGUAAAUGACCUGGCUUAAAAAGAUGGUUACGAACCACAAAAGGUAAGACAUAGUUUAAAGGACAAACAAAAGAUCAUUGGUUAGCAUCAGCAAUGUAAUAACUAAAAUAUAAAGAGUAAAUAAAACAUCAAGAUUCA